GGUUCCGGAAGCGCUCGGCGGCGGCGGUUGCGCGCCGGGCUCCGGGCGGGCUGGUGCGGGCGAGGGAUGGAGGUGAUCAGAAGCAAUUUUAAGGAUAACCUAAGCAAAGUGUACGAAGCUGUCGAAGAAGCGGACUUCCUGGCCAUUGAUGGGGAGUUCUCAGGGAUCAGCGAUGGGCCUUCUGUUAGUGCAUUAACCAAUGGCUUUGACACACCAGAAGAGCGGUAUCAGAAACUUAAAAAGCAUUCCAUGGAUUUUUUGCUCUUUCAGUUUGGCCUUUGCACUUUUAAAUAUGACCACGCAGAAGAGAAGUAUAUUAUGAAGUCAUUUAAUUUCUAUAUUUUUCCAAAACCCUUUAACAGAAGUUCACCGGAUGUCAAGUUUGUCUGUCAGAGUUCAAGCAUAGAUUUUUUAGCAAACCAAGGAUUUGAUUUUAAUAAAGUUUUUCGCAAUGGAAUUCCAUAUUUAAAUCAGGAAGAGGAAAGACAGUUAAGAGAACAGUAUGAUGAAAAGCGUUCUCAGGCCAAUGGUGCAGGAUCUCUCUCCUAUAUUUCUCCUAAUGCCACAAAGUGUCCUGUUGCAAUUCCUGAAGAUCAGAGAAAAUUCAUUGAUAAAACAGUGGAACAAAUAGAAGAAUUUUUAAAGAAUGAAGAAAAUGAAAGUUUGGAACUGGAGCCAUGUACAGGGUUUCAGAGGAAACUAAUUUACCAGACCUUGAGCUGGAAGUAUCCAAAAGGUAUCCACGUUGAAACUCUAGAGUCAGAUAAGAAGGAGAGAUAUAUUGUUAUUAGUAAGGUAGAUGAAGAAGAGCGAAAAAGAAGAGAACAGCAGAAACAAGCAAAGGAACAGGAAGAACUGAAUGAUGCAGUAGGAUUUUCCAGAGUUGUUCAUGCCAUUGCAAAUUCUGGCAAACUUGUUAUUGGGCACAACAUGCUGCUAGAUGUUAUGCAUACUAUACAUCAGUUCUAUUGUCCUCUACCUGAUGACCUAAGUGAAUUCAAGGAAGUAACGUCAUGUGUCUUUCCCCGGCUAUUGGAUACAAAACUGAUGGCAAGUACGCAGCCUUUUAAGGACAUCAUUAGUAAUACAUCCCUUGCAGAACUGGAAAAGCGUUUAAAAGAGGUUCCGUUCAGCCCUCCUAAAGUUGAAAGUGCAGAAGGAUUUCCAAGUUAUGACACAGCUUCUGAACAACUUCAUGAAGCGGGAUACGAUGCUUACAUUACUGGACUGUGCUUCAUCUCCAUGGCUAACUUUUUAGGUUCGUUUCUUAGUCCUCCAAAAAAUCAUGUGUCUGCUAGAUCAAAACUCAUCGAACCUUUUUUUAACAAGCUAUUUCUUAUGAGAGUAAUGGACAUACCAUAUCUGAAUUUGCAAGGACCAGACUUGCAGCCAAAACGAGAUCAUGUUCUUCACGUCACUUUUCCCAAAGAGUGGAAGACUAGUGACCUUUACCAGCUUUUUAGUGCCUUUGGUAACAUUCAGGUUUCAUGGAUUGAUGAUACGUCAGCGUUUGUAUCAUUGAGCCAGCCAGAACAAGUACAAAUAGCUGUGAACACCAGCAGAUAUGCUGAAAGUUACAGGAUCCAGACAUACGCAGAAUAUGUUGAAAAAAAACAUGAAGAAAAGCGAGCAAAGAGAAAAUGUACGGAAGAUAGUUGGAAGGAGAUGGAGAGAAAACGGUUGAAAACUCAAGGUGCACCUUACGUUUCCCAGAGUCGAUACUACUGUGUUAACAGUUUUACAGGUACCAGUGUAGCGGGAAAGAGAAGUAUGAGUCCUAUUCAGGAAGAAACUGGUUCUGACAAUUUGGAAGAGGAAGGGGUUCCAGAAGAUGAGACCAACUGCUAUGCAGAGUCACCUCCAGAUGUUAAGAAGAGAGCCAAAAGGUUCAAAAAAAUCAAGAGAGAACAAGUUUCAGCAGGAAGCCUCACAAGUAAUUCCACUGAAAUUUUUGAAGUCCCUGAAACAUGGUAGGAAAUAACUGCCUUAACAAGUGGAAUUGACUGAAAGCAGUUGUGAGAAUACACCUCCUGGAAGCCAUAAUUUAUUUAACUGAAGUGGUGUUAACAAAUCAGUAUGUGUCCUGAAAACCAGUUUAAUUAUUUUAAACUGUUUACUGAACAAUCACUGUCAAUUUUACUUCUGUGUAUAUUGACUAGUAUAUGAUCUUGUUGUUGAUCAAGUGAAAUCCUUGCUGUUGUUAAUUAUGUUAGAUUUAAGAAGCAAGACUAGAUGUAUUUCAGUCAUCCACUUUGGCAUGUUGGCUAUGAAAUGUACAAAAAGACCUGGCAGUCUAUCAUUUUGUGCUAGACUGUUUCCUGUGCUUGAGGGAAGUUACCACAAAUCUCCUAAUCUUUAGAUAUUUUUUCAGGCAACAUCAGAGUGCUCAGAACUCUUGAUACAGGUAGAACUGCAGUUUCACAUAUUGCUUUUUACCUGUUACUAUCCGGAAAUCAUUUUUUAGUUUUCCAUUCUUUACUUCACUCCCAGUGCAGCCAGCUUCAUCUGAAUACCAGCUUUACAGAUACCCUGUCUUUUCCAAAAAUAUAAUUUAUGUGCUCCUUAAAUAUGAAUUUCAUGGUGGGAGGUAGUUUUUUUUCUUUGUUUUCACAUCUGCUGCUGUUUUCACCCCUACGUCCCUAUCUAUUUCUUCCCUGCUUCUUCCCCAUCUUGUGGGGUUUUUGUUAAAAAUGUUUUUUGGUACCUGUGACAAACCUGCUAACUGUACCAGCCCUCUAUUUGUUUAAAAAAGAUCUGCAUUGGUAGAUUUCAGAAAAUGUUUGAUAUUUAACAUUUUUGUAUCAUGGAAAUAGAAACAAAAGAUGUAUUUCCAUAAAAUGAAAAUUAAAGAAAUUUUCUUAGGAAGUGGUUUGCUUUUAUGUACUGGCUCCUGAAAUAUAUUUUUGUGCUCUUAUUUUGCUCUUCCUAACACUAUUUUUUAAAAUUAUUUUUAAGUCUUCAUACAGUUUUCAGUCUGUAUCAGGCAGACCCUCUGGGUCUAUGGACUGACUGCUUUCAAGAUAUUUGUGAAAUGUAAUGAAGAAAAGCCAAGUCUGAAAAAAAGUUUGCUAUGCAUUUCCCUUGGAAAAAAGAAUGAGGGUUCUGCAAAUCAGCAAGUUGAAAACCGUUUCUAUGGAAAAGUGGAAUAUUAAGAAAGUUACAUCAGACUGUACUUACAGUGUGAACCAUUGUCAUUUUAACAGUGCAGCAACCUGCUUGAAGGUAUGCCAAAAUGUGUGGCUUUUUAAGUGAUUGCAAGAACUAUCUUGAAUCUUGGAUUUGUUUUGCAAAAGGGAAAAGGAUUUAAAUCCCUCAAACGUGAAAUGUCUAACUUCUAAUCUUGGAGUACUGCUGGAAUUAGUGCACCUAAGGUUUGUUGUUAUUGUUGGUUUGUUUAGUAGCAGCCGUAGCAUCAUAUUAUUGCACUGAAACGUGGGACAGAAGACAGUGUUAUUAGUGAUGCUACGGGAAAUUAUCAACAGAACUCUUCUGAUCCAGAGUGUAUGUAGCAGCAUGGGAACUUGUCUUCAUUUCAUUACAAUAUAGAGGCUUAAAUCCUUUCCAGAUUAUUAUUUUUGUAUGAAGAGUAGGGUGGGUGUAUAUUUCUCUAAGUUACUGUAUCCACUAUUUCCAGUCUUCUUCCUGCUCUGAAUUUUGGAGAGCAGGAUGUUGUUUAUCUCCAGCUAUACUUAGUACCUCUUAGGAAAAUAGCGCUGUUCUGUUUUCUAGUCAUUGCGUAGCCUUUGAUUUUACCAGAUAAUACCUACUUACACUAAUAAAAUGAGAUGGGGUUGGGACUGUGAUAUCAGUAGCACUAAUUUUGGGUGGAGAGUUGUCAGGGGUAGAUGCUGCUGUAAAGAGGAAACGACCUUUUGUGCACCUCACUAUAAAUGAAAGCACUAAUUCUAGCAGAGGAGGAAUGUGGCUUCCUAAAUGUGAUGCACAUUUGUUUCCUGAUGCAAGUUUAAAAUACGUGCCUGCAGUUUGCACCUUUUUUUCCAAGAACACAAAGUUGUCAUCACCAGUCUGCGGCCGCAGCGCCUCUCGGGCUGUGCGCUGUGUGACAGGAGGGUCGGGCACCUGGGGCGGCUGUGUGGUGCUGCUGGGGCAGCAGUGAGGUAUGGACAGGCUGUUUUGGCCUCGUAAACUCAGGCAUAUAUACCAUGCUUGGAUAGAAUUACUGAGGUUUUUUUUUUUUUCCCCUCUUCAUUCCUUUUUGUCCUCAGGGGAAGUGGGGAGUAAACCCCAUGGAUGCUAUUUAAUUUUGAUGCUCUUCCUUUGUUUUCUGUUUGAGGAAGCAGCAGUGGCUUUACCUGGUUCUGUGUGCUGCACAAUUGCCCUAAUCAGGGCCAGAACAACUUCCGGCAGGAGGAGACCUCCACUGUGCUUGGCGCUGGGGGCCUCAGGGCACCCGGCCUCCAUCUUCCCUCAGGGUGGGGGCGCCCUCAGCCCCGCCGGUGGGCGGUGGGCGCAGGAGCAGCGCUGCGUGCAGCCAGGGACGAGCAGUGCACCAUGCCUCGGUAAGAAGCGGAAGCAGACCUUUAGAGAUGGACACUUCUUUUGCCCCCCUUGGUGAAAAAAGGAUGGGAUGCUGCCAGGACAGCCAUAGUUUCUGCAACACAAAGCUGAAGUUACAAGAUUGUUGUCGUAAGAAAGCAGAAACAGUGUAUGGCAGCCUGCGCCCUGCAGUGCUGCUGUUCUUCUGUUGUUUUACAAACACUGCUACCUUUGUAGGCAGCCAGGCUGCUCAUCUCUUCUCAUUACAAGUAUAUGAAAAAGAAGCGAGACAAAGCUGCCUCUAGUAGGCUGACGUGAAUAUGGUGAACAGCUCAGCCACCAAGAAAAGUGUGUGUUUUCAAUGAAGCCAAGCACCUGCACACAGACAAUUUCUCACUUGUAGCUGAAUGCUAUUCGGUGUUUGAGAAUGGUGAGAACGGAAAAAAAAGCCACUGCUGUAUUUCCUUCAAGACAGACAGGAGCGUGUUUAUUUUUACCAAACAUCCAUACAUGUAUGACACUCUCAGCAACGGUCAGUUGCUGACACCUUUUUAUUCCUUCUGAUACAUAUCCUGCACAUGCAUCUCCUGUAUGUGUGCAAAUACAGGAGGAGGUAAGUCCUGAAAGCCUUCCUAUGUAUUCACUUAUGAGCUCUCGGAGGGAAACCAAGGCAAAGGACACGUUCUCAUACAAAUGGGCAAAGGUAUCCACAUUCCACAGAGCCAAGCAAUUGUCAAAUCCUGAAGAAAGUCCUAUUCUUGUCCUCCUUCAGGCAUGUAGGAAUCAUUGAAGUCUUGCAAAUAAUUAUUUUGCCUCUAUUUACUGACCAUCUUGCAGAAGUAUGUAUUUCACCUCUCUGUCCUGGUUUUCUUUUUGCUUUUACCCCAUAUUGUGAGACAGGAUAUUAAUAUACGUUCUUCAUAUUUCUUUGUCAGUGUAACAACAUUUUCCAGGCAAAAUAUGUCACACUUUUCUCCUUUGGAUUGUUGUUUCUCUAGAGCCAUAAGAGUUGCCAUAUUAUAAAUGCCAGUGGUGAUUAAAAGCCUGUCUUGGUGGGGAAAAGGAUUGCAGAAAUAGUAUUUCUUUACUUUUGUAAGGAAAAAAAUAAAGUAAGCAUUUUGUAAAAUAGCUUUUCAGUGAGAUACACAAAAAUGCCCUUAGUUGGAAAGAUAAAAGUUCUCCCGUGAUGCAGGAAGAAGCUUUUUCUUUGUGCUUUUAUUAUUCAUAAUUAAUAUGCUCACCUCAAAUUUCUGCCAGCAGCCCUGUGCAUAAUGCAUCACUGUGCAUCGUCUCUGUGUUUCUCCUUGUUCUAUCAGCUGUGCACCGUUACGAGAACAUAAUGGAAAGUGAUAUUUGGGAUAUGUAAGGCAGGAUCUCUAUAUUUUUUGCUAAUUUUAGUUCAAAUCCAGAGUUAGUGACAGUAUCAACGCAAACACAGCGUGUUUCAAGGUGUGUGUACCUACAGAACAAAAACAGGCAGGAAAGAUCUUAGGGAGCGCUGGACGGAGGCGUGCAGCAGAACGCACCGCAGCACUUUUGUGCCAUGUCCAAAUACACAGUGCCUAAUUUUCAGUAGAAAAGGCAAAAACCUGGAAACGUGGCCACAGUGUCCCCAGAGUGAAAAGACAAACAGCAGAAAAUGCUUAUUGUUCAUCUAGUGAAGUCACCAGUGAAGUUCUGUUUAUCACGUGUGUGGCAUAGUCGCUUGUGAGUAUCAGUACAGAAUUUAUAUUCCUGUAUUUAUAUUCCUGUAAUUUAUAUUCCUGUAUGUGUAUGUGCACCAGCUGAAAACACAUACCACAGCCGUGGUGGUGUGGGCUGUGCAAAGGAGGCAGAUUCAUUGAGGACAGCAGAUGAAGUGUCCACAGCAGUGAAAGCUCUGGUUACUGAGGACAGAAAAUGUCUUUUUUCCGCAGAUCAAUUUGGGCACUGACUGAUUGUUUUCCAUUUUUCAGCUGCACAAAACUUUUCCUCACAUUUCCAUGCUGUUCAAGUGAACUAAUAAACCUCUGGCACAACUCUUGAUACUGCUUAUCAACUUGUCACGUAUGGCAGUGUUUGCAACAAGAAAAUGUUUAUCUUUUUGCCCCACUCAAAACAAGCAGCAGAACUGAAAGCUCCUGCAAGAAGACCCUGGCAAUGGUCUGCAGCCUAAUGGGACUCCGGUGCUGUUCUGUUUUUCAUUCCCAUGUCUUUUUUUACAUGAAUAAGCACAUUUUCUAAACUCUAAUGCUAAAGAUUGUUAAUGAAUAGUUACAGCUCGAAGUAAAAAAAAGUUCCAAAAGAUAUUCAAAUUAUUUUUCCUUCUUUCCAGUUUUUGUAACACCUAAUGCCAAACACGUAUGUCAGCAUUCUGCAGAAUGGCAGAGCAAAGGCCCAUUCCCCUACUGCAUUUAGGUGUGCUAGUGCUAACGGGAGUGGUGUUCAGUGUUUCAUAGGUGAAACAGGAAAGUACUCUUUCCUCUUUGCUGUGACGUUGAUAAAAAGAAGUGAGAAUUCAUCCUUGGGAUACAUGCUAAUGUUAAUGCUAUCCAUUAUUAUGCUGCACUGGAAAAGUUUACUUUUAAAAUAAGAUAAACUUGCUGUUACAGGUAUUGUUACAUAUGGUGCAGAAUUAACACUGACCAAGGACGUUUUCUUAGGGAGACUGGCCAGCAGAAACACAGUGCAGUGGCUCUCCAUUUCUUGCUUCCUUGCAGGCUGCUUCUGAUAAAAAGUCCACAUAACCAGGCCCGCCAAACAGCAGUAAUGCUGGGCUCUGCCCUCCAGCCCCCACGUUCACAGAGCACUUGCUGCAGUGCCCAGGCAUUGCACAGUCCUGGCAAGGGCAUUCAUUCAUUCUCCCCUGCACUGUAUGAGCAUCUGCGUUUCAGGGCACUGCACUGAGCGUCCUCCUUUUGGAGAAAAUGAAGAAGCUUGAAUUCACUAAUUGGUGUGGCUUUUUCACGCGUGCAUUCCGUAGUGGGAUGUUGGCACAAGGUAUGUUAUCAGCACAUCGCAGCCGCGGCUGUCUCCUGUCUGGCAGGAAUGCCUUGAAACAGCUGCCUUGUGGGUUCUUUUGGUUCUUUUUUUUGAGUUCUUGGAAGCUUCUGUUUGUUAACAGGGUAAUCAGCAAAGGAGGAGAUAGGAAUAAAGCUGGUGUAGGAAGAUAUUAUGGUUAAGGCCAGAGCAGACUUGCCCUGAGCCGCGGCCCCAAAUGGCAGGAAUCGGCGUUCUGCAGGGAGCUGCUGCUGCUAUCCUCGCUGCGCCCAGCCGAGUGCAUGCAGCAGCUCACCUCGCCUCGUCCCACUGAAGGCCUUCGGCACCUCCCUGGCACGUGCCAGGCCUACAUGGCGUACCUUAGCUCUUCUGAACAGCUCUUUUGCGAUGCAGGUGCAGCAGUGCUUCCUGUGCUAAAGCUCUGCGUCCAUCGCUGAUGUGGCCACAUGCCCUGGGGUGCUGGGUGUCCCCUCCGCACCCACUGAAGCAGAAUCGAUAGUGCCACAGUUCAGUGCAGAACUGGAUCUGCUGCUGUAUUCUGAGUAGCGUUGCAAUAAUCAGCACAGGUAACGGUGGAGACACUAUUGUAACUGAGAUAAUAACGGUCAGACUCAACACAAAAGCCAGAGGAUUGCUCUGCUUUAUACAGGCUGUCCACUUAACAACUCUGUGUCUUUUUCUGCUAUUUUUGUUUAUCUAUUUUGAGGCUGCUGGUGGUCACAAAAACAAUACAUCUAUAAAAACCUAAAAUGCUGGCAGUGCUCUUCCAUUCUGUAAAAGAAUGAAAGUAUUCUCGUAUUACUCAUUUCUUGGCACAUAACAAACAUUUAAUAAAUUUUCUACUGUGGAAGUGCUAUUUGAAAACUACUGCCUACUUGUUGCUGUUCUAGCAUUCAGAUCAGUGUGACGAAUCCAUUGGUCCUUGUCAACGACUCCUGGAGUUGAAAGAGACCAAAAUCCUGAAGAGUCGAAGGGAAAUGUUCACUUUGCUCAUACUUAAAAAACCAACCAUGCAGCACAAUGACCACU